UAUAUAACGUAAGAAAACGAAUUAAAAAUGUAUUUCUUUUUUCAGAUUAAAAUGAAGGUUAUAAUUAUCAUCACCGCACUAAUGGCGAUAACCCUCGCCGAGGAUAUCGUAUACUUCACCACGGGAAAUGAUAACCUCGACGUGGAAGAGGUGAUGAAACACCCAGAACAGAUAAAGGCGUUCGUUGACUGUUUCGUGGAUAGGGCUCCAUGUGAUCCUCUUAGUCUGUCAUAUAAAGAAAACAUGCCUGAAGCUGUAACUACCGCAUGCCACAGAUGCAACGACGCCCAAAAACACUUGUGGUCUGGGUUCUUAUCGGGUCUUAAGAAAAACUACCCGAAGCACUACGAGGCCUUCCAGCAGAAAUACGACCCGAAGAAACUUUAUUUUGCUGCUUUGGAAAAGGCUGUUGAAGGACACUAAAGACGUUUUGAAUUUGACACUGUUUCUUAAUAAAUCACUUUUUGUUUU